AUGAAGCAUUGCGAGCAAUAUGAUGAAGAGGAGGAAGACAUUGUGGACAUCAAGGUGGAGCAACUGGAUCGCCCGCCGCUUCCACCGCGUCAGGUCAUCGGACCUGACGAACAUGGGUUCAAGCGCUACGUAGACUAUUCUUGGGUGGGGAAUCGCAAGGUCCGGACAGUGACCACCACGCGAGUGCACAAGAUAGCAACCGUGCGCGUUAGCAAAAGGGUUCUGGAACGCCGUAAGACCUGGUGUAAGUUUGGAGAUGCGGAGAACGAUGACAGGGAGAUAGCGAAGAUCCGGCUUCUAAGGACAAGUACAUCCGGCAUCGUGAAGCUUGAGAGGCCCCCAAACUUCAUCCCAGCAGCCAGUGUCCCUUCAGCCCCUGGGCUGUCGCCGACGAAGGCAGCCUCGGCUGCGCGCGAGCAAGUUCUUGCAAAGGGAGGACCGGCCGUGGCUGCUGCCAGGGCGGCUGCGGCAGCGGGAGCUGAAGCCCGCGGACUCGACGUUUACCCAGGCGAUACCAAGACAGAGAGUGAGUGCUUCGUGGUCAGGAUUGAUCAGUUACCGUUGGAGUCCACAGAAGACAAUGUUCGCGUGCUGAUGGAGCAGUUCGGUGGGGUGAAGCAUGUGUUCAUUGCAAGACACCCGAGGACCAGAGCGUCUCUUCGGUAUGCGUUUGUCUACUUCUUCGAGAAGGAAGAUGGAGAAGCAGCGGUCGAAGCUCUCUCUGAUGGGCUGGAAGCAAGGGUGGUCGGGAUGCUUACAUGUUAA